AUACUGAACUCUACAUUCACUCAAGCAAUGUUCAUUAUUCUAUUUCUGAAUAUGCUGAAUUUGAGUGUGAUCGGAAUACAGCUUAUCGAAAACCUGGAAAACAUCAACGAGAUAAUAAGAUCCUUUUUUUUUAUUUGCGCUGUGUUUUUGCACUUCGUAUGCAUGUGUAUUCCUGGACAAUUGUUGAUAGAUCGAAGCACAAAAGUUUUCGAUAAGGCGUACGGUUCAGCAUGGUAUACAUUUUCCAUAAAAACUAGAAGAUUAUUAAGAAUACUUCUUUAUAGAAGUUUCUCUCCAUGUACACUCACGGCUGGAAAGAUGUUUGUUCUGUCUAUGACUAUGUGCAGUUCGAUGAUGCAAACUACCAUGUCAUAUUUCAUGACUUUUUUAUCCAUGAGAUAG